CUGCAAGGAGCGGCGAGAUGCUGUACUGCUGCGGGGACGGCUCUGCCGGCCAGCUGGGGCUGGGCGAGGAAGGCGCCUCCGAGCCGGUUCGCUUCGGCCGGGGCCCCCAGACCUCGGGCCAAGACGUGGUGCGAGUGGCUUGCGGGGAGCGGCACACGCUGCUGCUCUACGCCGACGGCAGCGUGGCUUCUUGCGGGGAGAACGGUCAGGGGCAGCUGGGAAGGAAGCUCCCGUCAGGACGGGGGCGCUGCUACGUGCCAGAACAAAUCCAAGCACUGGAAACAACAGUAAUCGUCCACAUAAGUUGUGGGAAGGAACAUUCAGUGGCCCUUAGCAACAGUGGAAAUGUUUUUGCAUGGGGAGCUGGUGCUUCCGGGCAGCUGGGCACUGGAGAAUUAAAAGCAAGUUUCAUUCCAAAGAAAAUAAAUGAUUUAUCGAGAAUAAUACAGAUCGCUUGUGGACACAACCACACAGUAGCACUAUCAGAAGAUGGCAGAGUUUUUUCAUGGGGGCAGAACACCCAUGGCCAGCUGGGGCUGGGAGAAGAUAUCUCUUCCCGGGAAAAGCCGCAGCAAGUUUCCACGCUUGAUGGCAUCCCGCUAGCUCAGGUGGCUGCUGGCGGGACACACAGUUUUGCCCUGUCGCUUAGCGGAGUUGUGUAUGCAUGGGGACGGAACCAUGCGGGGCAGCUGGGCUUGAGCCAAACUAACCCAAAAGAGAAAGUCUUCAAGCCACACUCAGUUGGCGCUCUGAGAAGACUUGAUGUGACCUUUGUUAGCUGUGGAGAUGAGCAUACUGCUGUUCUCACCCAGAAUGGCAGUGUUUUCACUUUUGGAGACAACAGUGCUGGACAGCUGGGACACAGCUCUUCAGCCCGAAAGGCUGGCCCUCAGAGGGUUGACGGCAUUGACGGUCCUGUUUCCCAUCUGGCAUGUGGAAGUUACCACACACUUGUUCACGUAUCUGCUUCUGGCCAACUUAUGUCCUUUGGAUGUGGACCUCUGAGAAGUGGAACAUCUGACAGGAAACAGGAUGAAGCACCAAGAUUUAACAUCAGUGAUCUGGUUUCCCCUAAUGAUCUUUUCGGCAUCCGAGUAAAACAGAUUUUUGCAGGACCAUGGGUCAGCUUUGCCAGCACUCUUCCGACUUCUGCCGCUGCAAACGAAUCCACUGUUGCGGAAGACUUGCCAAAGAUUAGGCAUAUGGACAGGGCGUGCAUUGAGAAGUGGAUGUCAGUAACAGACAGUGAAAUCCAUCGAAAGGCAGAAAGCUUGCAAGAAGUGAAAGCAAUAUUUUCUUCCCCUCCUUGCUUAACAGCAAGUUUUUUAAGACCUAGAUCUUCUCUGGAGCGUUAUGAUGAUAUAGCAGUGGAUCUGCAAAAGGCAAGAGCAACUUUUGAGGAGCUUGCCAAAAAAGAAUGGAUUUCAAGGAUGAUCACUGACUCACUGAUAAACAGCCUCAUUCCUGCUCUCCCGCUGAAUUCUCUUCACAAAGAAGCCUUUUCUGUCUUCCUUCUGCUGGCCGAAUGCAUGGAGGCUCUUUCUCUCCAGCUACGCCCUGAAUGCAUGAUAGGAUUCCUUGAAUCCUCAAAUGUGCAGAGUUUGGGUGUGCACUUUGCAAAAGCUGUCACUGGCUUGCACAAGCGAUCUUCAGUCAUUCUAGAGGAAUAUUGGUCAUUGUUGCCAGAAUCAUUUUUAGACCGGAUAGUUCAGAUGAUUAAGAAGGCCGUGUUAGCUCAGCUGUGUUUUUACCGCACCUGCUCCCAGUACCAGGAAGUGAUCCCUCCCCUCGAAGUGCUUAAAAGACUAUACAAGGUAAACAAGGUGGCUGCUAACAAGCUGCCAGUGAGCAACUUCUACAUAGAUGAAAUCUAUAGAAGGAUUAAUGUGCUUACAGAUGUGCAAAGAUGGAAUGCCCGGGCCGAAGGUGUUUUAAAUGAGAACGCCGUCUGUCUCUGUUACUUUCCUUUUGUCUUCAGUCCAGUGACCAAGAAGCAAAUAUUCUACUGGUACUCCAGCGUUGUUCAAAGGAUCAUAGAGGAAAAAGGAAUCCUGGCAGUUCAAAAUUACUCACAGCAGAAACAGAGUGAACUUCCAAAACCCACCAGGCUUUUUUUGAAAGUGCGACGCCACAACCUUGUGGAAGACGCUUUGUACAAACUGAGCCAGGUGGAGGACUCCUGCCUGAGAAAGUUGCUGGUGAUUCAAUUUGAAGGAGAGAUGCCUGUGUAUGAAGCUGGAAGCAUUUUGUCGGAAUUCUUUCUCCUUGUAUUUGAGAAGAUGAUACGACCAGAGUACAAAAUGUUUAUGUACAGUGAGAAGAAUUCCCCAGUGUGGUUUCCUCCAAGGCCUUCAUUAGACAAGAGUAAAUAUUUCCUCUUUGGGGUCCUUUGUGGACUUUGCAUGUUCAACAGAGUCAUUGCCUAUGUGCCUUUCCCACUUGCUACCUUUAAAAAGCUGGUUGGCAAGAAACCCUCCCUCGAUGAUCUGAAAGAGCUGAGUCCUGCCAUUGGCAAGAGCUUGCAGGAAAUCCUUGACUAUGAACAUGAGGACAUUGAAGAAAAGCUUCAGACGUGUUACUCAAUAUCCUGGGACAACGUCGUCGUAGAUUUAAUUCAAAACGGCAGUGCAAUCACAGUGAACAAUAAAAAUAAGAAGAAGUUUGUUGCCAAGUAUGUGGACUACGUCUUCAAUACAUCGGUGGAAGAAAUUUUCAAGGAGUUUAGGAGAGGGUUCUACAAAGUCGUUGGUGAAUCAAUAGCUGGAUUCUUUGAGCCUCAAGAACUGAUGGACGUGAUGAUUGGAAACACAAGUUAUGAUUGGAACGCGUAUGAAAAGAAUGCCGAAUAUUGUGCUAUAUACAGUCCCACACACCCUACUAUAAAGAUGUUCUGGGAGGCUUUCCAUGCACUAACUCUGGAUGACAAAAAAGGCUUUUUGUUAUUUGUUGCAGGAAGUGACCGGGUCCCUAUGAACGGAAUGAACUCCUUGAAGUUACGUAUUUAUCACUGGAAUUGUUCCCCUCCUGAUGAUUAUAUCCCUCAAGCUAUAAGCUGCCAUCAUAUUUUGCUGCUGCCGAAUUACUCAACCACAGAAAAACUGAAGAAGAAAAUUCUACAGGCUAUUGAGAACAAUCAAGGCUUUGGCAGAUGGUAAAACUGACUCAGAGACUCAAGAGUGCUUACAUCUUCCAUUGGCUUCAAGUGUGCGAGCAAGGAUUCUCCAGUUACAAUCCUGUGCACAUUUAGGGAAAACACUAAAGCUCCUAGCAAUCCUCAGCCAGCCUGUCUGUCAAAACAUUUUCUCUUUAAACAUAUACAGAAUUUUGCUGUUAAUCAUGGGGUUAUUGGCUGGCCCUUUAAUGAUACUUGGACUGCCCAGUGAUUUUCCUGCUAAGAAAAAAAUACAACAUUAAUUCUUGGUGGUAGUUUGCUUUUGAUAGAUAAAUGAUUAACAACUACAGUUUGUACCCAGUUAUUUUCCUCUAAUACCAGUAAUAUUUCUGAGAAUACAAACAAUGUAUCCUCUAAAAGUUUGUGUUCCUGUAUUUUUCAAUUACCCCAUAAUAAGUGUUUUAUUGUGACUUGAAGAGGUCAUGCUUCAACAGCUUCUUGAUGUGAACAGACCUAGCACCUGACACACUUUGUUCAAAUAUGUACAAUGUUUUAGUUUCUGUUUUAAUAUCAAAACACUUGAUAUUUGUAUAUGCAGUGACCCUCACCCACCCUUUAUUUCCUUAAAAAAAACCCUGAAAAGCCCCAAUUGUUGGAAUCUUUCCUCCUGUGAGACUUCUUGCUCCUGACCGAUCCUCCCAAUUCUGUAUUCCACUUUCAAGUGGAAAAGGAAGAAGACUGGCUGAAGCUGUGUGUACACAGAAAGGGCAGAAGUAUUUAAAUGUCUUUCAUAAAUUGUAGGGCCAGCAUCAAGGGUAGACUUGGGGCACCUGCUUGGGUGUCCGCCAAUAGGAGACCCCAGAACUGAGGCUCUUCUCGGCCAUUGCAACCUGCUGCUUCACCUGCCUCCCCUCUGGUCCACACAGUAGUGAUGGUGAGAGGGAGCAGCCGGUGGUACUGCUUACCUGUUCUUUGUGAGUUAAGCCUGCAAAUAGUUGCAGGGAUGAGAGGAGAAGCAGUGACAUCAGCUGGUGAGAAGAUACAGCUCACUUGAGAGGAUCUUCCCUCUGGCGCUGAAAAACUGGAAGCAGACACAAUAAGCAGUGCUCAGCCUGAACUAUGUUUCCCUCUAUAAAUGGUCUUCCUAGGCAAUGAUGCCCCUCAAAGUUUUGGUUCUGCCUUCCUUCAGCUUUAGGAAAACAAGUGUUCUCCCAUUCAUUCAUUCAUUCAUCUUGUUGUUGUUGUUGUUAGUUGCGAAGUCAUGUCCAACCCAUUGCAACCCUCCAUUUUCCUCAUGCUUCUGCUGGCAGGUUUUUAAAAACAUGCAGGAACUUUCCUAAGGAUUUGGAUAUAUGCUUCAACUGCACCAGUUUUACAGUUUGUGUUAUUUUGGGUGUCGUGGUUUGUGGCAGUGGCCAUUAGACACCAACAUUGUUCUUUUAGGCAUAGAAUAACAACCUGUUCUUUAAAAAUACAUUUUGAAAUUGUCAAAGUUUAUUGAUAAUUGUAUAGCUGGAGUUUUAAAUAUUGUACCAAGUUUCUGCAUGUCUUAGAGCCCAAGAUAAGCAACACUCUGUAUGCAUAUAGAAUAAAAUGAUUACAAAGAAAGUAA